UUGGAAUAAAACAGGCCUCGCGUAAUGCGUUGUAUCAGUUGGUGAAUUGGAACUGUAGCACGCGCACGGACUGAGCUUUCUGUGAAUGAACAUCACUGCAAUCAAUGCAUGAGCAGCAUUGCGUAUUCUCUCUAGGAUUCUUAAACGAGAUUUUUCUUGUGAAAUUAUUGAAGUAAACCAGCACAGUUUAAAACUUGUUAUAGGGACGAUGGUUACAAUCCUUUGCGUGAAUGCAUUGUACACACAUAGACCCUACCACGGUGGCGUGUGCCUUUCAUUUUCCAUAGAAAUUGACUGUUGUUUGCCUUGAACCUACAAAAGGGACUGACAUUAGAAAAUAUUUGUUCUCCAUGUUAAUUAUGAGUGAAAUCCACAUGAACUUCUGGAAAAUGAACGAAGACGAAGCCAGUUCUACAAUGAAAUCAAACGAGGAGUUGUAUUACCCACGGAGUGAUGCUGAUAAUGCCCUCUUCAUCAAUGAAAACUUCUCUCGUCAUCUCAUCACAGCUGAGAGUGAACCCGGACUUGUCGUUGAAACUGAGGAUGAUCAACUCAGUUUAUGGCUUGCGGCUGUUCCGCUCAUCGCCAUGGUCGUGGUCAACGUAUUGGCAAAUGGUGCCAUUAUACUCAUAUUCAUUAAAAAGCGGUGCAUUCGAAGAUGUCGGAAUAUAUAUAUUCUAAGUAUUGCUGUUGCAGACUUUCUGAUCGGACUAUCAAUGCCGCUGUCAAUUGUUGAGACUUUAAGCCGGAAGUGGAUAUUCUGGCCUUUUUCGUGUUGGAUUUUUCUCAUGGUAAGAUACUCACUUUUUUUCAUCUCUUUCAUCAGUAUUAUACUGCUAACUCUCGAUCGCUGGUGGUCUAUCAACUUUCCAUUUUCUUACCGGGUACGUCAAAGCAGAACAAUGGCCACCAUAAUUGUAGUGUGUUCUGGUUUGUCAGUUUCAUCCUUCACAUUCCCCUCAUCCUCGGCUGGGAGAACUUUUGACGCCACGACAGGAGUCAAAUCAGAGACAUAUUGUCGUGUGCCACUAAAGAGAAACUUCAUCUUUACUAUUUGCGCAUUUGUACUGGAAUAUCUUACCCCACUCACGUGCCUCAUCUUCCUGAACUUUGGAAUUUAUUUUAAACUUUCAAGGAGAAGAAAUACAAAGAAGUUAAGAAGGUCAAUGAGUACGUCAGAUACUUAUAUGUUGUACAGCAGGAAAACGUCUUCAGAUUCCGGCGGCAGUAAUAGCUUUAAUAACAACAACAAUUUUGAUGACGCGCCGUCAGAUGUGACGUUGUACACAAAUAUGCCUGACGUCAGACGUCACAGCGUUUAUUUGUACACAUCACGCCGAUCGUCUUCUUCUCUUUAUAAAGUGCCUAAGAAUUCUUUGGGCAAUUUCAACCGAGCUCAUCAAAAUAGUCGACGAGUUUCUGUAGACACUGCCUCUCUUAUCAAAUCCAACAGGAACAACCAUUGUGUUGUUCAGCAAAAGCCAAGCUUUCCUUCGCGCAAGCAGAGUGACGAUAUCGUUAAGGACUUCUUAGGACGACAGGACAAAAAGGCAAUAUUGUCUUUGGGACUUUUGACAUUGGUGGCAUCUGUGUGUUGGACUCCAUACACACUAAGUAGUGUGGUAAGCGCUUUUUGUCCAUCAUGUAUUCCAUCUUGGCUAUCUGUAUUCUUCUAUUGGAUACUGGCGGCUAAUUCCACAAUCAACCCGUUCCUGUACGGAAUCGGAAAUCCGGACUUUCGAAAGGUGCUGCGAACAUGGAUGGCUUGCUUUACGCAGCAUGGUAUUAAUAUGGACAACGAAACGUUGUUGUAUUGUCAACUGCAACAGAACUGUGAGCUUGAGACUCUCCGAGAAUACAACGUGCUUCAAUUAAAGAACAGUUCUUUGUGAACAGGUUAAUUGGUUUAAGCAUAGGGAGCUGAAGACUGUGAUGAAUCAUUGAUUGUUUAGUAAAGUUUCGUUUCAUCGUUAAAUAUUCCAUCAAACUUGUUAAAAUUGUAAUGUGUAAUAUUUAAUCAAAAUUGUUUGUGAACGGAUUCAUUAAAAUAUUUUUUUAUGAUAUUUGAUAUUUAAUUUGAUUAUAUCAAAUGUCAUCAUUCAAACAAAAUUCAUAAGUUAAUUAAUCAUUUUUUUGUGUUUUAUCCAUGCGAGUGUUAUUUAUUGUUUUAAUUAGUAUUUUAUCGUUUGUUAUAUUUUAAAUAAUGCUAAUAUGAUAUUGUUCAGUUGAAAUUAUCCUAAAACUGAAAUUUAUAUUUUAAUUGUUAAAUAUUUGACGGCAAACUGUAACUUUGCGCCAUGGAAAUCAAUUCAAAAUCAUAUUGAUAAAAAAAAGGGAAAACAAAACAAA